AAAAUUGGAUCAUGAUGGCACGGGGUGGUUUCAGGAUGGCACUGGUUCCAGUAGCACGAAUAAAACCCGGAUUUGUACGUAAAAUGUUCGAGUUGGCACAGAUUUGUGUCUUGCGUUGGACC